AUGCUCCCAGUCGCCCUUCGCGCCCUGCGCUCCCGCGGUGCAGCGGCUAGCUCCCGCUCCUUCGCCCGCUACACGUCGACAGCAACGACCAGCAACCAGGUCCCCGCCAACGACCCCGUCAAGCGCGAUGCAAAGCCGAAUGUCUCCGAGACCAAUGCGCUACCCACCUCUUCCGAGGGCUCUUUUGACAAAGUCCUGCAGGAGUCUCCGGAGGAGGCCGAGAAGAUGAGGGUUACACAGGCGCCAAACUACAAGGGCAUCUGGUCGCGGAGUCAGAAUCCCAGGGAGGUCGCCAUGAGCGGGCCUAGGUUCGAGCAGAGCAUUAUGGAGGACCAGCCUCGACCAUAUGCCGCCAUCGAGCUCAUCCACAAGCAGCCUGUUCGCUGGACCCACGACCGCACAGUGUCUUGCGACGGAGGUGGUGGACCUCUCGGACACCCAAGAAUCUUCAUCAACGUAGACAAGCCCCAGAUCUGCUGGUGCACAUACUGCGGACUGCCAUUUGCACAUGAGAAACACCGACCGCUCCUUGAAGCCACUCCCGAGCACGAGCUAUCAUACCCGCUUGGGCCCAAAGGUGAUGCUGCAGAAGUCAGCGAGACGCAACAGGUGACGGAUGAGCCGCUCGCGCAGCGAUAG